AGCGCAAGUACGGAUUGCCUCUGCCGGCCUGGACAGAUUCAAUAAUGGACUCCAUGCGACGAAUCGCUGUUUAUCGAACCGAUCCGCGCGUCGCCGUACCAACGACGGAGGCACGACGGCUAACAUCAGGACCAAUAUUGACUGAGCUAGUGGGCGACAUGGAAAGGAGGAUAUUUGGCGGUGGUCUUGUUCCCAAAAUGACGUCCUACUCAUCCCAUAGCACCGCCGUGGCUGCCUUGCUAGGAACGCUGGACAUAUUUGAGGCACGUCAUGCCCCAGAAGCUUCAGUCGUCGCGGUAGAAUUACACAGAUUCAGGGGAAACAAUCACGUGGUUCGGAUUUUUUUCCGGAAUGAGACAAAUUCACCACCGUAUGAGUUGGAACUACCGAAGUGCCGGUAUCCCUGUACUUUCGCCAAUUUUAAGACAACUGUUUCUCCGUACUUACUAAGUGAUGAGGAAUGGUGGUGGGAAUGUAGGCGAGGUGUUGGGAGAAGUGCGAGAGGGGAAAUAUAUCACAAUUCAAUUAGUUCUGAUCAGAAUCCCUCCUUAGUUUAAUGUGGGCCGAGUUAAAUAUUUUUGCAGCGUUUUUAAUGAACUCGGUUGAUAGAGUGAUAAUUGGCAUUUCAAUUUAUAUCACAUAUGUAUGUAGUUAAAAACGUCACCAACUUGGAGAAGAGAGAACAUUUAUCAGUCCAUGGAAUCUUAUUUUCAAAGUUGAGAUACGACUUUAGAAUUUUAAGUUGCACAUCCAAUAUGACGUGUACUAAAAAUCAUGAUGAUCCGUCAUCUCAGUCUUGCUCAAAAAAUCGUAUAACACAAAAACCAAAUUUCCCAGGGCAGAUUUAUUAAUUAAAUAAAUCCAUGGUGCAUAUAAAUACAUGUCAUGUAUGUGAUAAUAGCAUUAUCCCACGAUUAACAUAAUCAUAAAUAAUUAUAAUGUAAUAAUAUGUACAUAUAAUGUAAUACA